AAGCUAUCAAUAGCUUCAGCCUUCUUUAUCAAACAGACAGCAGACAACACUAAUAAAGGUCUCCGCCAUUAUGUCUACUCUCAACGAGCCCUUUUAUAUUCGCUACUAUUCUGGGCACCAAGGCCGACAUGGACACGAAUUUCUUGAAUUCGACUUUCGAGUCUUAGGAGAUGGAAGAAGCGCAUCCGCACGUUAUGCCAACAAUUCCAAUUAUCGAAACGAUUCCUUGAUCCGCAAAGAAAUGAAUAUUAGCUCUUUGCUGGUUGAGGAAAUCAAGAGGAUCAUCAAAACAAGUGAGAUCAUGAAGGAAGACGAUAGCAAAUGGCCUCAGAAGAACAAAGAUGGACGUCAAGAAUUGGAAAUCAAAAUAGGCAGCGAGGUUAUCUCCUUCGAGACUGCCAAAAUCGGAUCUCUCGUUGACGUCACAGAAUCUCAAGACCCAGAAGGCCUUCGAGUAUUCUACUACCUUGUACAGGAUCUCAAAGCAUUGGUAUUUUCAUUGAUAGCAUUGCACUUCAAGAUCAAGCCUAUUUAAAGAUUUCAUUUCACAAAAAGGCCAGGGGAAGAAGGAGUUAGGCGUUGAUUUAUUUGCAAGACAGAUGGAUACCAAUUGAGGAAAAGCCAUUUGUUUGUUUACAAUUCUAAUGAUACAGAAAUCUACUCGGUUUUUGUCAAAUUUUCAAAUGUUAUGAGAUGAUAGUGCUGCUGUGCCUGAUCAGUCAAAACUGACCAAGAUGGAUGCCGACACACAAUUCCUUCUGCUUCGUUGAGUUAUGCUCGGAUGAGGUAGCCACUUGUACCAGAACACCAUCUCUAACUUCUAGAUAAGGAAACUGUUCAUCUAUCAGCAUAGGACGAGAAAUUGAUGAGUGGUAGAGACCAGAGAAAUGGUCGAACUCUUGAAACACGGUUUGCGUCUUUGAAAUUGAUGUGAUAAUGUGAUAUAAUACUCAAAUUUAUAUCCUUUUGUGU